AUGGCGCUUGGCGAGUUCCAGACCUCCACUCCGGAGGAUGCCUUGCAAGCGGUCGCCGCAGCCCGAGAAGCUCUGGAAGGCUGGGCCAAUACUCCGGCCCCGGCUCGUGCCCAGGUACUUUUCCGCGCCCUGGAGAUUAUGGGCCGCCGCAGCGACGAACUGGCCCGCACCAUUACCGAAGAAGAGGGAAAGCCUUUGCCCGACGCCAUGGGCGAGGUCCGGCGGGCGAUGAAUAUCAUCGAGUACGCCGCUGGCGAGGGACGCCGCAUGUUCGGCUACACCACCCCAUCCGAGUUACCCAGCACGGUAGCCUAUACCGUAAGGCGACCGCUGGGUGUGGUUGCCAUCAUCACUCCCUGGAACUUCCCCAUAGCCAUACCCGCCUGGAAGAUGGCCCCGGCCCUCAUCUGCGGCAACGCCCUGGUAUUCAAACCGGCGUCCAUCACCCCCCUCAGCGCCGUAAAGCUUACUGAAGUUUUCGAGGAAGCGGGCCUGCCCCCGGGUGUCUUGAACCUGAUUACGGGCCCGGGCGGGUCGGUGGGCAACGCCCUGGUGCAAAGCCCGGACGUGAACGCAAUAUCCUUCACCGGCUCCACGGAAAUCGGCACCGGCAUCUACGCCGAGGGAGCCCAGCACCUGAAAAAGGUUCAGUGCGAGAUGGGCGGCAAGAACGCCGUGAUACUGCUGGAAGACGCCGACCUGGACAAGGCCCUUGGCGGCAUCGUGCAGGGGGCCUUUGGCUCCACCGGUCAGCGUUGCACCGCCACCAGCCGGGUCAUCGUGGAAGAGGGAGUCUACGACACCUUCAUGGAGCAGUUAGUCCAACGGACCUCCCAGUUGAAAGUCGGCGACGGUAUGGCGGCAGACACUGACGUAAGCCCCCUUUCCAGCCAGUCCCAGCUCGACACCGUCCUGAACUACAUAGGCAUUGGCGCCGAAGAGGGCGCACACCUGGCCUUCGGCGGCCGCGCCGUAACCGGAGGCGAGUUCGACGAGGGCUACUAUGUUGAGCCAACCAUCUUCACCGACGUUACUACGGACAUGCGCAUUGCCCAGGAAGAGAUAUUCGGGCCGGUGCUGACCGUUUUCAAGGCCAAAGACCUGGAUGAUGCGGUGGAGAUAUCCAACAGCGUCAAGUUCGGACUGUCCUCGUCGGUCUACACCCGCGACCUGCCCCGGGCGUACCGGUACAUCAACACCGUGGACGCCGGUAUGGUCCACGUCAACGCCCCAACGCUGGGCGGCGAGGUGCACCUGCCCUUCGGCGGCCUCAAGUCCUCGGGUGUGGGUCAGCGAGAGCAGGGCGUGGAGGCGUUCGACUUCUUCAGUGAGGUAAUUACGGUGUAUAUCGACUACGCCGACACCUCGCGGACACAGGCAAGAUUCAUCUAG